UCUAGACGUAGUAAUACCCUCGAUUACUCAUUAACAGUGGACCAUGAAAGGAUACCUGUCUGUAAGAAAAUGUAUUUGAACACAAUUGGAUUAAAAGAAUGGUCCGUAAGAAUCUGGUAUCUUCAUAGCAUUAACGGAUUAACUGAGAAUAAUUCUGUAGUUCUGUCCAAAAGAAGCUCAAUAAAAAAUUAUCACGAAGAGGAUACCGUGUUUUUAAAGAACUUUUUGAAGGCUUUAAAUACGCUUCCUUCUCAUUACUGUAGCAAAGACACAGACAGAUUAUAUCUAGAACAGCAGUUUCAGUCAUUCGCUGAAUUACAUAGAGAAUAUUCGAAGAAAUGCAUAGAAAACAAUAGAAUGCCUCAGUCAAUUACGUCAUUACAAAAAAUAGCAAAUGAUAUAAAAUUGUCUUUAUUUCGCCCACGUAAAGAUUUGUGCGAUCUUUGUUUUAAGUAUAGAAACAACAAUAUGUCUGAAGAAGAUUACCAAGCACACAUAAGAAAAAAAGACUCAGCUAGAGAAGAAAAGCAGCGUGAUAAAGAUAGGACGGUUAAUGGAACGGCUAAUGUAAUAACCAUCUUUAGCUGCAAGUUCGUUGUAUUAUAGAACGAAAUUAUGUAAUCACAGUUUCACAAUUUAUAACUUAGAAAACCAUAAAG